AUGUGUGCGAAAGACGUUGAGAAGCUUGUGAAUAACCGACUUCGAGACUUAAAGAUUGGUGGAAAUUUCGAAGAUGCACUACGUGUUGAGGUAGACCGAGCAAACUCAUCACCUUUCACCGUCGAAAUUGAGCAGGCUGCUCCCCCGAAACGAUUCUCAACGCCCUCUUUUACAUGCUUCAAAGGCGAUUCCGAUCUUGAAAACCAUCUGAAGUAUUUUAAGAGCCUUAUGAUCCUCUACAAAGCUGAAGACGCGCUAAUGUGCAAGGUGUUUGCAAUGACUUUGCAAGGAGCAGCUCAGAACUGGUUCCACACCCUGCCAUGCAGGUCGAUCAGCAGCUUCAAGGAGCUUGCUUAUGUCUUCACUAAAGAAUACACUUCUUAUCGGUCAAUCAAGAAGAAUCCUGACCAUCUGUUCAACCUGCACAAGAAGUCCAAUGAAUCCCUGCGAGACUACAUCAAGAGGUUCAAAGCGGAGAGGGCAAACAUUGUAGGAUGUGAUGACCAAAUUGCGUCAUCUGCCUUCAAGAGGGGGUUGCCAACUGAAUCAGAGCGCUAUGCAUUAUGGGACGAUGACCGGAUCACCACGAAGAAGGCUGAUCAAGUAGCUGAGCAGGUAAGCCAAGAGAACGACAAGCGCAGAUCACAGCCUCAGGAAGGUGCUUCAGCAGCGGAGAGCUACACCAAGUUCACUAUCCCGAUACACCAGAUCCUGACCCAAGUAAAAGACAUGCCUUGGUUGAAGAAACCAUCGCCUUUAAAGGGAAACUCAACAAAGAAGGAUACCAGUAGAUACUGCACAUUCCAUGAAGGGCAUGGUCAUUACACAAACGACUGCUUCGCCUGGAAAAGGCACCUUGAAGAUCUCGACCAUUGCACGGAAUUUAUAGUAAGGAGGGCUAUCGAGGGCUAUCCAGCAAAUCAAGGAUUGUGA